AUGACGGAGGUGCAUUUCAAGUACCAUGGGAAUCUCACUGGGCGGGCCCAUUUCCCCACCCUGGCAACAGAGGUUGACACUACUUCGGAUAAGUAUUCCAACCUGUAUCUGUAUGUGGGCUUAUUCCUGAGCCUCCUGGCCAUUCUCCUCAUCCUGCUCUUCACAAUGCUCCUUCGGCUCAAACAUGUCAUCUCACCCAUCACCUCUGAGAGCACAGAAAGUGUUCCUCAGUUUACAGACGUAGAGAUGCAGAGUCGAAUCCCCACUCCUUAA